AGAAAUCAGUGUGUAAUGUAUUUGCAUGUUUUGUGUUUCAUCCAGCUACAGAAAGAUUUGGAGGAGGUGAAGGAGCUUCUGAAAAAAGCAUCAAGGAAGAGAAUUCAUGAUGUCUUGCUAGCAGAAAAGAAUAAACUAGAGAAAGAAAUUAAAAACCAGCCACCACCUAAACUAAAAGCAGAGAUAGCUGAAGAAGAAAGACAGCCACCCACGGGCUACACAGUGAAAAUCAACAAUUACGCUUGGGAUCAGUCAGAUAAAUUCGUGAAAAUCUACAUCACUCUGAGUGGGGUACAGCAUCUCUCAGCUGAGAAUGUGCAAGUCCGUUUCACAGAAAGAUCAUUUGAUCUAUUGGUGAAGAAUCUGAAUGGCAAGAACUACUCCAUGACUUUCAAUAACCUUCUGAAACCAAUUUCUGUGGAGAACAGCUCACGGAAGAUCAAGACUGAUAUGGUCCUGAUAUUAUGUAGGAAGAAGCAAGAGGAAAAAUGGGAGUGCCUGACUCAAGUUGAGAAAGAGACAAAGGAGAAGGAGAAAGCAUCGUAUGACACAUCAGAUCCAAGUGAGGGGUUGAUGAAUCUCCUGAAAAAAAUGUAUGCUGAAGGUGAUGAUGAGAUGAAAAGAACCAUUAAUAAAGCCUGGGUUGAGAGCAGAGAAAAGCAAGCCAAAGACGAUGUACCACUAGACAUUUGAACAAACCAGUGGGCUUUCUAUAUGGGGCUUCUGAUGUGCCACUGAGAUCAGAAAAAAGUGUUUACACACC